AUGUUUGAUAUUAGAAGUUCUGAAUUUAAUUCUAGUAAAAAACCGUUUAAAAAAGUGACAAAUGCCCCCAAAUUUGGGGAUGAAGUGGAUCCUGACUAUUCAUGGCUUCUUAAUUUCUUGAAUGAAAAUAUGGAACAGACAAAACCCCCAAUGGAGGAUAUCAUCAGAGAUGAAGAUGAAGAUGAAGAUGACAAUGAACAUGAAGAUGAAGAUGAAGAUGAUGAUGAUGAUGAAAAUGAAGAUUCAAAGUAUAAAGAUCCUCAAUAUUGCAUGUUUUUGAAGCAACUCACAGAAAAUGGCAAAUCAUAUAAGCUUAAAAUCUCAAAAGACAAUGAAGCUCCUUGUUUUCUAGAAUAUGAACAACCUUAUAACCCUUCAACUGAUAUGAAUAUUACCCUUUGUAAUACUAUAAUGAAAGAUAUGCAAAUCGAUCAUAGGAGUAAAAGGAGCCCAAAUGGAAAAAAGAGGAAGAUUUUGAUGAAAAAAGAAGUUUCAUCAAAAAUCAAGACAGAACCCCAGAAUAAUUUGGGAAAACGGGUGAAUUAUGAAGAGAAAGUUACAAAUUCAAAUUCAGAUUCAGAUUCAGAUACAGAUUCUGAUAUGAUGAUUUGGGAUAAAGUUCGGGAUUUGAGUGAAGCAAACAAGAAACAACUAGUACCUACAAAAAAAGAACCAUCUUUAAAGGAGAAGUUGAUGCGUAUUCUUAAGAAGCCAUAUAAUCAAAAAGAGUAUGAAGAACUUUCAGAAUAUAUAGAGGAAAAAAAGCCAAUAUGUCGUCUUUUACCCUUGCGUGACAGGGCAAUAUCAUCUGCUCUUGUUGGAGUCACAAAAUCUGUGCUUGAUGAUGGCCCAUCAACUUUUCGAAGGAAACUUAAAGCUGUGAAGAAUGAUCGACCUCGAGCUCUUAAUCUCUUGCGGAUGUUUCGCUUCUGGUUAGAACAUCUUCCAAAUGAAAAGAUUUUCAAACCAUGGUUAUGUCAGGAGUUUAUGGAAGUGUUGCCAUCCAGCCGUAAAAAAUCCCACCUGGAUAAAUGACUUGUUUUUUUGUUAUUAUUAUUAUUAACUUUUUUUUGGUCAUAAAUGAAAGCAACAAAUGUAAAAGGUGGUUAAAUGUCGGUUUUUUGGUAGUUAAAUGUCGUUUUUAGGUGCAAAGUAAAUGAAUGCAUCCCUGAUGAUAUGUAUUUUUUGAGAUGUUUGUUGAAAAAUGCAU